AUGGAAGAUCUCACGUUCGGAAUCGAGCUCGAAUUCCUUUGCGUCCGCAAUGUUGACUGCUUCAAGAGGAUGUUCCCCUUCAAGGCAGGCCAGUGGGGAGGAGAGGCCGGGUCUGAGUACGGUGGCGCUGCCAACGCAAUCUUCUGCCAUCUAGAUGAAGCCGGCAUCAGCGCUGACAUCGGCAGGACAAGGCUUGGAGUAAAGGAGACAUACAGCGAUUGGCUUAUCAUGACAGAUUGCCUUGAGCUCAGCGAAGAAGAAGAUUUACUCAAACCAGAAGACUUUGUCGUCGAGCAUUUGGAGAUUGCUUCCCGCAAGCUAUCCUUUUACAACGAUAACUGGCCGAAGGAGCUACGCCGAGUGCUCAAAGUCCUGGCUCAGAUCGAGAAACGAUACGGCUGCAAGUUCUUGACGAAUAGCAGCAGCGGUCUCCACGUGCACGUUGGAAGAGACAAGGGAAGACUGCCAUUCCAAACGAUCAAAAGAGUCACGCAAUUCAUGACGGCGUUUGAGAGCAGGCUCGAUGAAAUCCACGCCGCGUCUCGUGUCCUCGCACCUGCAAUUCCCAUAAAUCCAAUGAUUGACGGCGUGUUCAUCGAAAACGAAUCAUACAAAAUACCACUAUAUGCACCACUAUCUUUCUUCCUUCACGCGACUGAGGGCGGCGACAGCUUGAUCGGAAAUUCUAACCUCUUCGACUGGCUCUUGAAGAUUCAGCGCUUUGACACCUACAACGAUGUCUCAGCAUUGUAUGACUUCCGCUAUCUUGACUUCCAACUGAAUGGACACCGAUGUGCUGUCAACCUCGACAACACAAUCCAAGCGCAUAACUAUCGCAGCAGCGAACCUUCCAAUACCAUCGAGUUUCGACAACACAUUGGCACGCUCGAUUACACCGAAAUCAUCCACUACGUCACGCUCCUGGUCAAUAUCAUGCAGUUCUGCCACACAACUUCCCACCAACAUUUCCUGCUCCUCAUGAUCAACGCAGCCGAUAUGAACUUCCUACUCCCACAACUUCUCUCCUUCAUCGGCUGCUCGCCUCCUCUCAUCACCUACUUCCAACGACACGAAGAAGAUGACCUCGGCCUCCUAUACUCGCCCCUAAGUCCCAGAAGACCCAGUCUCACAGCGGAGAAACUCGCACAGCUAGCAACCCCCCUCAGAGCCGUUUUCGAAGAAGAACUCCUCAAACAAGUCACCUCGCUCGAAGACCUACUAGCUCAGAACGACGAGGAGCAAACAGCCAACAACGACCGAGCCACCAUCGACCUCCGACAAAUGCUCAAGUACACAACUGGCUACUACGGUCUUCGACAAAACGUCUCAAAACUCCCUUUCGGUCUGCCCGACGUGAACUGGUUCCUGGAAUGUGCGCUCAAGGAAUUCCGUGAAGAAUUUGAUUUUGAGAAUGUGUUUUCGCCGGAAGAGCAGGUCGAGCAGGCUGUUACGGGAGUUUUUGAGAAGUUGGCGGAGAUUUAUGCGGGGUAUGAUAGUCGCUUGCCGCCGCGACAGGCUGUUGUUGUGAGGGCGAUUGGGGAUUGGGAGGAGCGGUCGAUGGUGGUUGUGGAGAGGGUUUUGAGGAUGGGGAGGAAGGCGAGUCGAGAGGUUGAGGCGAAGAGUCCGAGAGGGCGGAAGCGGAAGAGGAUGUCGGUUUAG